AUGUCAACAAACACAACAGAUACGACGAACACCGGGGACCAACCGGACAUGACGAAUACCAGUGCUGGUGGUGAACUUCCGCUUCCAAAGGUUCCCACCCUCCAACGUGGGUGGGCAAAGGGAACUCGCCUGACAUGGCUAACAGUGCGGAUACAACCUUGGAAGGAAGCUUCGUUGAAUCGGCGCUCUCGCAAGGGCGACAUUCUUGCGGGAAUGGUCAACAAGUAUUUUACCAAGUACCCCUGGCGCCUUCCUGUAACCGAUGAACCGAGCAACCAAAACCCCGAUCCUUAUGCGCGUGAACCAGUGACAGCUGAAGAGAAGAAGCUCAAAGGUGAGAUUAUCAAGAAAAUGACUGCGUCUAUCCAGUCAUGGCUAGACUACCGUAUAUCAAGCGUGCAUCGUAUCAGUACCAACAAUGCUGGAACCGACCCCUUCGCUAUGCUCCUCAACCAGUUCAUUGGGAUGGAUAACAAGCCGUCACGACUUCGAACGGGGGACCAAAUGUUUUCGAAAGCUCAAUAUGAAGGCACUAUGAAGGCUGAUUUCGAGAAGUGGUUCAACUCCAGUGGGAUCAACGAGGGCGACCGAGCGGCAGAACGGGCUAAAUAUGUGAAGGCUAGGUUUUUGUUACUACCUCCAGCGGUUCAAGACGAAUACACCCAAUCGGGCUUGGCCUUACAGCAGGCUGAGAAGGAAAGCAUUCGUGAACGAGAGGGGAAGGAACUCCAAUUGACUCCGGCAGAACGUCAAGAUUUGCUUGACAGGGUAGCUGACUUUUUCGGCCCACUUUUGACCAAAGUCUCCACUGUUCUGGGCAUGCACCUCUCCCUUCUGAUCGGUGGCCCUGAACCAGCUCACGGAGGACAACUGAACGUCUUGAGCCUGCACAUAGGCACGAAUAAAGCUCCAAUUCCUCAACGAUGGAAUGAAGCUUGCGCCGUCGACUUCGGAAAGGUUACAGAUUUAUUCACGGCAUUUCUACAGACUUGCUAUAGCCCUGAGGAAUGUGAGGCGGCUGCCAUUCUGGGAACCGCUCCACUACCAGCCAAACAGGUUACGGUUCUCCAACCAGCUCACAAAAUGACAGACCCAGACCAAAGCUCACUUUCAUCUAAAGAACCCCAGGAUGCCACUGUCUCCAAGACAUCUUCAAAGGCUACGAAGCGUGUAAAGAGCAAACGUCGACGAGCGGGCGACGACAGCGAGAGUACCGCACAAUCUACUCCCUCCGAAGACGAUACUCAACCAGAUAACCAUAUCAUUUUCAAGAGGCAUCCCCUCGAUCGACGACCGAAAAAGAAAAAGGUUCGUGCCUUGGAUGAAGACGGUAGAUCCCCAUUACGCCGCCUCCGCCGUCAUCAGGGCUCUGAGGAACCCGCACAAGAAGACGCAGACGAACCUUUGCAAGAAGGUGCACAACACGUGGACGAGGAUCAGACAUGCGGCACCAUUGGCGAAGAAUCCAGCCGCCAAAUCACCCCCAUAUCCCUACCUCCGGAGACAGAUAUGGACGAUCCAUCCACCAAUACUCCCAUAUCCCUACCUCCGGAGACAGAUAUGGACGAUCCAUCCGGCAAGACUCCAACUCCUCUGCCUAGUCCAGCUCACGAGGGAGCGUGGGCAGACGAGCAGGCGGCACAUCAUGGUCCGAAGGCUUGCGAUGUCAGUGCCAUUCCCUCGGCGCCACCAGCUAGCAAGACCUGGCCGAAGUGGUUUCUGCCUGCUUAUAGUUACUUGCUGCAUGAAAGCGAGCAUCUCGGAACAUCGUGGGCAUGUAUACUGCACGCCCUGGUCAACCUCGAAGCCGAUAACCGUUUUGAAAACCAGAAGGCAGCUUUACCCAAUGUAGAUAGCUGCCGUCCUUCGGAAAUCGGCCUAUGGAUCAAGAAUGCCAGAGUUCGUAGUCCUGCAGUAUUGGAUAUACUCGCAUAUGAGGCCUCGUGGUGGCGUUGGUGGCGUACUCUCCAGCCAGAAUGGCGCAAACUGUCCACAACGCAAGGUCCUAUCAACAGUGCGGACUCCGACUCUCUUCUGAAUCCACUCCAGCCCUCGAACAUUGCCGGCAGCUUUGUGCACCUCGAUCGCCCCGGUGCCAAUGGCUUCCUCAGCGUAGUCGGCAGUCUCCGCUGGUGGGGCGAUAUUGUCCAUUCGCAAUUCGACGGCGAGGGAAACUGGUUGGAAGAUCCAACCGCCAAAUCAUGGAAUCAGGCGGUCAGUGAGGCAUCGCGCUUGAUCGUCAGUCUUUGGCUGGAGAAGGGUGGUGAGCAGAGGCAGAAGAUGUGCAGGCUGAUAUUGGGUCCCUACGGGGCCAUCUACGCACGGUCUUAG